AUUUUUGUUUUUAAAUCCAGCACGCUAACUGCAGCUAGGAUUGUGUAAAUGCAGCGCCUGAGCUCUAGCGGUUACAGGACGGAAGUGCCUGAAAUUACGUUGGUGCUUUCUACUCCAAUAGGAAUGGAACAAUUACAAUCCUCUCAUUUGCAUAACGCCGUUAUAAAUAGGGGGCGCAGGCGCCAUUUUCGAGGUUGUUGUGGUACAGUGAAGAUCCUGAAAGAAAACAUUAAGGAUGCCUGAGCCGGCGAAAUCUGCUCCAGCACCGAAGAAGGGCUCCAAGAAGGCGGUGACCAAGACGCAGAAGAAAGGUGACAAGAAGCGCAAGAGGGCAAGGAAAGAGAGCUACUCGAUCUACGUGUACAAGGUGCUGAAGCAGGUGCACCCCGACACGGGCAUCUCGUCCAAGGCCAUGGGCAUCAUGAACUCCUUCGUCAACGACAUCUUCGAGCGCAUCGCGGGCGAGGCGUCGCGCCUGGCGCACUACAACAAGCGCUCCACCAUCACGUCGCGGGAGAUCCAGACGGCCGUGCGCCUGCUGCUGCCCGGCGAGCUGGCCAAGCACGCCGUGUCCGAGGGCACCAAGGCUGUCACCAAGUACACCAGCUCCAAGUAA